CCUUGGAGAACUUGAAGAGUCUUGCGAACAGAGAUGGAUGACGACGACGAAUUUCUCUACGGUGAAUCGGCCACCCCAGAGCCUGCACGUUCAAGUGUCGUGACGCCCGUGACGCUGAUCUCAACUUCUGUCCCUCAACCAAUACCGUUGGACAAGACAUCAAUUUCCAAUGGCCCCGUCGCACAGUUGGAGGCCAAGGUGGCCGAGCAGAAUGAACUCGUCCAAUUAGACGACACGGACAUCUUUCCGGACAUUCCUCCUGCCGACACCAGACCCUCUGAACCUCCAUCACAACAGUCACAACCGACUCAGCCAGAAGGACAGGCAGAGGAUGAGCAGGGAGAUGAGGAUGCUGAGGGGGAAGAAGACGAAGAAGAGGCUGAGGGCGAGGAGAGCGAAGACGACAUUGAGUUUAUCAUGGAACCCCAAUCUCGGUCUCUCGACCUGAGACCAAACCGGCCUGCAGCAGGCAACCGUACAUUGAGCGCCACAGCCGCUCCAUCAAAAGCGCCACAACAACCCGGUCCCUCAUUAACAACUGAAUAUACACCCCGCGACCGCGGCGGCAACCUCACAAAAUCCACAAGCCAAGCUCAACUCGCCACUCCCACCUCCUCCCAAACGACCAAUGCCCUCAACACUUCCACCUCAAAACCCCAAGCCGGGUCCACUGACCCCGCACAGUCACAAACACCAGUCGAUGAAGGUCCCGACCCAUCCACUUUGCCAUCCGUAACUGCUCCGGCUUCGCACCCCUCUGUGAACCCUGGUGCGACGGGCGUAUUGGAUGGUAGAUCAAUAUUGGAUUUCGAUGUGGCGAAUAUGACGGACAAGGCUUGGAGGAGGCCUGGUUCGGAUAUCAGCGACUGGUUCAAUUACGGUUUCGACGAGAUCAGCUGGGAGGCAUAUUGUUACAGGAGGAGAGACGUCGGGGAGGUGGCGAAUGUACUCAAGGCGAAUGUUCUGAACUUCGCAGGACUGCCCGAAGACCAGCUCAGCCAGCUUCCACCCGAGAUGCGAACGAUGGUCAUGGCUGGCUCUACUGCUAUGAUGAACAACGGUGGGGGUGGACAGAUGAUGGGUCCAGGCAUGAACGUCAAUGGCAUGAUGGGUCCCGGGGACAUGAACAUGCAAGGGAUGAUGAACCCUAUCAUGGGCGGAAUGGGUAUGGGUGGCGAUAUGGGCAUGGAUGGACCGGGACAAGGAGGAAAUGGUGGAGGCGACCAGGGGAUGGGACAAGGGAUGGGUGUUGGGGAUGGAUUCGGGCCUCAAGGCGGGCCCGGUGGGAUGAUGGGUGGAAUGGGUAUGGGCGGGGAGUUCGGCAUGCAGGAUCCAAACGCAAUGCAACAAGGCAUGUUUCCCGGAAUGGACGGUCCUCAGGGCCCUACGCCUGUUCCCGUUGGCAUCAAUCGCGGUGGCCAAGGUACACCUAACCCGAAUGUGUACAAUCGAGGACGCGGGAUGGGCCCAGGAAUGGGCAUUCGUGGUCGAGGGAGUUAUACCGGCCGAGGCCGAGGAAUGCCAGCGCCCCCCGUUCGACCCGCAUCACCAUUGCCUCCCAAUGUACCCACCGGACCGCGGAAUCAGAACAAGUACAAGGACCGCGACAACAAUGGGCCUGCGGUUGACGGGUUGGACUAUGGUGGUGGUGCAGGUGGUCAAGAUCGAAGCGGCAGCACGCCAAUUGGUGAUUACGAGGAAAGGAGCAGCAGCCGGAAACGACGGGACCGUUCGCCUACUGACGAGAGGCGGGACUCAAAGCGGCGAUGAGAGUUCGCAAGUUCUUGACGGACGAC